UCGACAGUCGGUUAUUGUGUUUUUAAACGUGAAGUGAACAGUGUGCAGCAGCAAGAAAUAAAAUUGACGAUGGCUCGUACCAAGCAAACCGCUCGCAAGUCUACUGGUGGCAAAGCGCCACGCAAACAACUGGCUACCAAGGCUGCUCGCAAGAGCGCCCCAGCUACCGGAGGCGUGAAGAAGCCUCAUCGCUAUCGCCCCGGAACCGUGGCCCUGCGUGAGAUCCGUCGCUACCAGAAGAGUACCGAGCUGCUGAUCCGCAAACUGCCUUUCCAGCGCCUCGUUCGUGAAAUUGCUCAGGAUUUCAAGACUGACUUGCGAUUCCAGAGCUCGGCUGUGAUGGCCCUGCAAGAAGCUAGCGAAGCCUAUCUGGUGGGCCUCUUUGAAGAUACCAACUUGUGUGCCAUUCAUGCCAAGCGUGUCACCAUCAUGCCGAAGGACAUCCAGUUGGCCCGGCGAAUUCGUGGAGAGCGCGCUUAAGCUAUGACUGCUUCAACUUACGGCCAAUGCGCCAUCUUUUGUAAAAAUCGGUCCUUUUCA